AUUAAAGAAGUAGAGAAUUAUUUUUGUUAAGGCUGGAAACUAGGAAUUUAAAAGAGAAAUUCACGAACCGAGCCCUAAAUUCGGAUAUCCGAGGACUCGUUCACCACCCACCCACCCACCCACCCAGUACCCAUCUCCUCUUCCUUCUCCAUCCGUUUAUGCUCCGCGCCCUCUCUUCCCUUCUCUCUGCACCGUCCCCUAAAACCCUAGCUUGUAAUAUUUCUGUCUCUCAUUUUCUUUUUAUUUAUUCGGCGAUCUUUUUAGCGGUAUUGUAUUCUUGAAUCCGACCUUGGCUGGAGCGGUACUAGGUUUCCGAUCCGACACCCGUUCGGGUUCUCUUUUUAUUCCCGGAUUGUUUGACCCGAUUGGAUCAGGCGGGUGCCCCAAGUCCAUUGAACUCGGUUUCCCGCCGCGAGCUCUCUGCUGCUUGGCUUUCCCCCCUUCCUUGCAUUGCAUGGCGACCCCUACGGCUCUGUUCACUUGCUGCACCGAUGACCCUUGAAUAUCUCAUCUCCACCAGGCCUCUCCGAUCUGGGUUCUGCCAUCUGUUCUUACACCAUCGAAUGUUGAUGGGUAAUUCGCUCAGGUGCAAAUUUUUUGGCCCUUUCUGCUCUGCAGUUCUUUGUUGGUGAGUGCUAUCUUGUGCGAAUGUAAUCGUGGAUGGAACACAGGAAGUUGGUCGAUUUCUCUCGAAAUUUGCUUCGGAUGCUCGUUGUUGUUUGUUGCAUUGUUGAAAUUGUUUAUAGCUGAAGUUUGCUUCCUGACGGCCAGGUAGUAUAGAAGGGAAAAGGGGAUUCAGCAAUGGAGUUAUCUGAUGCAGUGGCGGUGAAGUCUAGCAGAUUGAAAUCCGUGGUCUGGAAUGACUUUGAUAGGGUGAAAAAGGGGGACACUUUUGUUGCUAUUUGCCGACAUUGCAAGAAAAAACUGAGCGGGUCGAGUACCAGCGGGACUUCGCAUUUGAGGAACCAUCUGAUAAGGUGUCAGAGAAGAAGCAGCCAUGGUAUUAGCCAGUAUCUCACCCCUAGGGAAAAGAAAAAGGAAGCAACCCUUGCACUUGCCAACGUGACUAUGGAUCAGGAUCAGAAGAUGGUGGAACCACUUACCAUCUUGAACUACAAGUUCGAGCAGGGACAGCUGAAAGAUGAACUAUUAACUGUCGCAAAGGGUAACAUGGAUCAGAGGAGAAGUCAACUUGAUCUCGCCCGAAUGAUCAUUCUGCACGGCUAUCCAUUGAGUAUGGUUGAGCAUUCUGGGUUUAAAUUGUUUCUCAAGAAUCUGCAACCACUGUUUGAGCUUGUAACCUUCGAUAAAGUUGAGGCUGACUGUAAGGAAAUUUAUGUUAAGGAGAGGCAGAAGGUGUACGAGGUGCUCGAUAAAUUGCCUGGCAAGAUUAGCCUUACUGUUGAUCUGUGGACUGCUGCAGAUGUUGGUGAGUAUUUGUGUUUGUCGGGACAUUAUGUUGACGAAUCUUGGCAAUUGAAGAAGAAGGUGUUGAAUUUUAUAAUGAUGGAUCCUUCUCAUACCGAAGACAUGUAUUCAGAGGACAUCAUGAACUGUGUAAAGGAAUGGGAUAUUGACCGCAAGUUGUUUUCAAUGACAGUUGAUAGUUACUCUACUACUGACAAUAUGGUGUUUCGGAUCAGAGAUCAGCUGUCCCAGAACAGAUUCUUGUACUGCAAUGGUCAACUAUUCGAAAUACGGUGUGCUGUGAAUCUUGUCAAUCUAAUGGCACGUGAUGCGUUGGAUGCACUCCUUGAUAUCACAAAUAAGAUUAGGGAAAGCAUCCGUCCAUCACGCUGGGACACUACAUAUUGUAUGCUUGAAACAACAUUGGAGUACAGGAGAGCGUUCUCUCUCCUUCGGGAGCAAGACCCUGCCUUCAUGGUCUCCCUAUCUGAUUUGGAGUGGGAGAGAGCUGCUACUGUGUCCAGCCACUUGAAGUUAUUUCUUGAUGUGAUUAAUGUUUUCACGAAGAGCAAAUAUCCAACUGCAAACAUAUAUUUCUCUGAGGUCUGUGAUAUUCACCUGCAGUUGAUUGAAUGGCGCAACAAUCCUGACGAGUUUAUGUCUAACGUGGCAGCCAAGAUGAAAGGCAAGUUUGAUGAAUAUUGGGACAAGUGUAGUUUGCCUCUUGCAGUUGCUGCCAUGCUAGAUCCUCGUUUUAAGAUGAAGUUGAUAGAAUACUACUACCCACAAUUAUUCGGUAAUGGGUCUGCAGAGUUUGUUGAUGAAGUGUUUGGGUACAUCAAGACUCUUUACAGUGAACACUCAAUUGGAUCCCCGUUAGCUUCUCUUGACCAAGGUCUGGCCUAUCAAGUUGGGGUUGGUGGUAGUUCUGAUGCCUUAUCUAUCUCUGCACGGGAUAGGUUCAUCAAAUUUGACAAGUUCCUCCAUGAAACUUCCCAAAGCCAAUGCUCCAAGUCUGAUUUAGACAAGUACUUCGAAGAACCUCUCUUUCCCCUAACUGCAGACUUCAACAUAUUAAACUGGUGGCACGUUCACACUCCCAGCUAUCCCAUACUAGCCAUGGUAGCUCGGAACGUCUUGGGAGUCCCAAUGUCGAAAGUUUCGCCAGAGCAUGCUUUUAGCAAUGGAGGACGAGUCCUCGAACAUCAGGACUGGUCUCUGCAACAACCCGAUACCGUGCAAGCUUUGAUGUGUUGUCAGGACUGGAUAAGGAAUGAUGUGGAAAGACGUGACUACUGAUUUCUUUCUCAACUUUCCAUCUCCUUUCCCUCCCUGUGAUGAUUAUCAACUCAGCCAUGUGGUUACAUCCUCAUUCAUCACAACCAAUCUGUGCAUCGCUCUUUCCCAAUCUCGACUGUUACGGUCUGUCUGUUUACAUCUUAUAUUUUUCGUAUUAAGAUUCUGUUACUUUCUUUUUAUAUUUUAUAUUUUUCGUAUUAAGCUUGUGCUGGUUUUCAUGUGGAUUUCGGGUAUGUUCUCGUGUGGGUUUCCAGAUCUUAAUCAAGGCUUGGAGUAACGUAGUGUAGCAUGGGAGGAGGAGCAAGAGCAACUAAGCGGGCAACAUUUGCUUACGCAAUAAUCUGUAGUUUGCUUAAAAGAGCAGACAGGAUCCUAACUCUGUUAAGCUUAUGUGUCGUAUGUAUAUUAGUAUCACUGGAGGGCUUGUACUUUAUCUUUAGGGUUAAUAUUUUCGUAUGGCCUGAACUUUGACCAAAAUAAACAUCCUGGCCAAUCUUUUCGAUCUAUAACAUCCUGGCCCGAACUAUACACCAAAAUAAACAAUUUGGCCAAAU